AUGAGCUGCCAGGCUACUCCAGAUGAUGGUACCAACAUGCCGCCACCCCUGCAUACUAGUGCCAGUCAAGACGCAGGUUUCUUGAGAUUUGUGGUGGUGAUGAUCAACGUGUUCCAUAGAGUCCAUGUACGUAUGCCUCCAGAAGGACAGCAGGGCAUCCAAUUGUUGGAUGAUAUCUUUGUCGUGUUUGAAGCAUCGCAGCUGGAUGAUACUACUAUCGAGACUCUAAUAGGCAUUCUUACUUUACCCGGGCCCCAGAGGGACGCAGUAGGUUCAUCCAGCUUGACACUUCGGUGUCAGGCCCCAGGUGUUCUUGGCUGCAUCAAUGAACGACACAAAGACCCCGCUACCCAGGUUGAGCGACCAGGAAGACUCCUCCCACUGCCAAGCGUCCAGGUUCAUGAGCAGCAAGAAGUAAUACACCAGGCUAAAAAGAAGCAAAAUAAUAUUGAUGCUACAUUCUUUGCUGCCACUUUUGCUGAAAAGCUUACUGACGAGGACACUUUCAUCACAGGGCGGUCACAACAUGAUGGAAAUGCCCAACCACUGGAGCCUGCGCUCACAAAUGAUGGAGGGACAUCCAAGAGUGAGGGACUGGAGGUCAGUAGUCAUGUGUCGGGCAUCUCAACGUCACACAGUGCAUCAAUGAAUACACUCGAAUCUUUGCGAGAACUCCUGCACACUCAUAUUCAUCGUUUGCCGUCACCUAUCAUCAUUAAUUUUGUCGAAAAACCCUCUUCAAAUUCCAGCUCCACCCCGGGCCCCUUGGAUCCGUCAGUUUCUAGCCGGUUUUUGAAGCACCAGCUAGCCAUAGAUAACCUUUUGGAAAUGGUAGACGCUAUUGUCUGCGAUGGAGACGACUUGGUGCAGGCAACUAGAAAGGCACUGGUGCAGGAAAUUCAAGAUCACCAGGCUUACUUAGACAGGGUUGUUUGUGAGAAUCGGCUACGCCAGAAAACCAGUAACACUGUUCUUUCUACGGAGUUUCGGCGCCAGCUUCCCAUUGUCCAUGAUAACUCUCAUCAUUUCGAUAUACCCGCCCCGCUUCAAAGUUUGGCGGUUUCGCUUCUGUCUUGUGUUUUCAUUGGCGUACUCCUCCAUGUACUUGGCUCUCUCUCUCGGCAGAAUGCGUCAUUUCUCCUCAUCGUUAUGGGUCGUAUAGUCACUUCAAGUCUUUGA